GCAGCUCAUUCUCUGCCCUUUACUCGUCAGGACAACGUCUGCUAAGAGUCGCUAACAAUUGUUUCUUGCUCCAUCUUUUGGAUCAUCAACAACUUUAUAUUCAUCAUGAGUCGCAGUGGUCGAGGUGGCACUUCCUUCAUGUCCGAAGGCAGCAAGAAACAGGAUGAAGUCGUCGUCAAGAACGUCGACAUGGCCGAAGACUUGCAGGAAGAUGCCAUACAGGCAGCCCAGGACGCCAUGACAAAGAGUACCGUCGAGAAGGACGUCGCCGCUGCCAUCAAGAAGAGGUUCGACGAGGAACAUGAACCGACUUGGCAUUGCAUCGUCGGCCGCAACUAUGGCAGCUACGUGACGCACGAGUCUAAGCACUUCAUCUAUUUCUACAUCGGCCAAAAAGCGUUUCUGCUCUUCAAGUCUGGAUAGAAAUCAAACCCUGAUCUCCAAGACUACGUUCUAGAAACUCCUAACUAUCAUCGAAAUUUAGAUAGAGCUGAGAGUCAUCGGGAAGUUCAACGUCCAAUGCGACAUCGAUGUCAACAUGGUUCUUAAUGUCGGCACACGGUCAUCAAAUUUCAGUUGCAGUCGAAGUCAGAAUCGACCCUAGUGAUGGUUAGAUCAAACUAUAGUCGAUACAACUGUAAAUCAUUUUCCAGUACUAAUCUUCAGUCAUUUAUAUUCAAAGUUUUCGAACCGUUGCCUCAAAAGGAGACAUAACACUUUCUCCGUUGUGUAAAAGUAAGAUAUGAUUUGUUUUACUCUGGAGGAGUUUAUAAAUAAUGGUUAUUUGAUUGCGGUGUCAUACAUUUCCCUUUAGUCUUUAGGCACUUUCCAUCUUUUACGUAUCAUUUACUAGACCAUCACAGCAAAAUGGCUUGUUGAUGCUCUAUGAUCUGGCAUAGAAGUUUAAACAUUUAUUUAAAGAAAUAUAUAUCAUGGUGCUCUUAAAAAUGAUUCUUGAAAGAGUGAAAAAAGGAAAUUCUCAAAUAUAUGUAUCUAAAAAUUAUCGUGGAAAUAAUUUGAUAGAAUGUUUACAUAAUCAGUAACCCUAUCUGUAAAGUAAAUAUGUUCAUUGUCAUGAUGAGUGAGUCCAAUAAAUUUAAGAUGAAUAUGAUGGUGUAUUGAUGACUUUUACAUAUAAUUAUAAUAGCUAUUAUGUA